AUGCCUGGUUGCCACGUUUUAAAAGUGACUGUUAAGCCCUGACAACCUAUUUAUUUAUUUUUUUAUAUACGUUGUUUGAUCUGCUGACUUGCCGACUAUAAGUUUCUGUUGCGACUGAGCAGAGCUGGAAUUUCACAGCAUGAUUUCUUAGUACUAGUUUCUUGUACUUUCAUAGUCUUCUAAUAGGUCUUCUCUGCUACUUGAUUUGGUGAUUGGGGUUUACAUAUUUUUUUUUUUUUAAAUGUACCUACCCACUAGGUUUUGUAUUCGAAUUUUACACAUUUUUGGAUAUAUAACACAUUUUUAAGGAUGGCCUGAUUUAAAAAAAAAAAAAAUGUUUUGUUUGUUCGUUUUAAAUCCACAGGCUGAGAGCUGGCCGAAUACCACAAGCUUGCCCAUAAACUCAAGCUCAUUCCCCAUUCGGCUGCCAACGCCUGCGGACACGACUUUGAGAUCAAAAGCCUUUAACCCCCUUAGAAACAUGAGAACAGAUGUAGAGGAGGAGUUUAACAAGCUGUCCAAUAAGAAACUGAGUCUGAUGGAGUCACUGGAGCAGGUGAACUCAAACAUAGUGGACAUGAAGCAGCUGGGGGAACGGAAGAGGAGACUGAAUGAGCAGCUGAAGGAACAGAUCAGGAGACUGGAUGAGCAGCUGAAGGAACAGAGGAGACUGGAUGAGCAGAUGGACCAGGCAAGUACUGUCAUCUGUCCUUCACACACAACACUAAGAUGAUGGACUACUGACUAACUGACUGACUAAUUGAUGAUAAAUAGCACUUAUGGCCUCUGAGGGUAAGCCC